AUGGAAAUCGAGCAAGGCAUACGUCAACGACGAACUGGCGGCAAGCUGCGAACAGACGGCAAGGAAGUGGACGACCGGUCUAACAAGGGGAUAAAACAGAGAUUUGAGGAGCUUCUUGCCCCUUCAACACAUUUUACAGAAUUUAACGAAGUAUUCCUUCUUGGCAAAAUAACAUGGUCUUUCAAUUACCGGUACAAAGUUCCCGAUGAUUUAUUAAAAAAAGUUCAAGACGCUUGA